GUCGAUCUGUUUAUUUACCUUCGUAAAUUUUCAUCAAGCGCGAAGCGACGCACAUUUACGCAUUUUGCCGAAAAAAGUUCCUUAAAAUUAUAAAAUUACACUGUUAAACGGUUUAAACUGUGCACCGAGCCUGCCGGAACAUCCCAAGUAUGAAAUCAUCCCCUAGUGAUAGCAGCAGAUGCCAUGACGAAACAAACCGUACUUAGCCCGGAAGCGGGCACCAGCGCAUGCUCCAAAAGCGAACCUUUGGCGAGCGGUUUUGAACUCUUGAUUCAGGAAAUUAAAACCCAUUUAGCCGAGACUACAACCGAGGACACAGUGCUCAUCGGGAACUGUCCCCGCGAUGUAACGGAGGAGGAAAUCAACAAGUUCUUCUGCGGGUUUGCGUCGAUUGUAAAGCUGCAGCAAGUUACUCACCGACUUUUGACCACGAACGUUUUUGUCGCCAAGUUUGACUCGGCCGAAUCUGCGUCUCGUUCAAAGGUUUUGAACACGCUGACCCUCAAUGGGAAGAAGAUUCUGCUUCUUCAGCCAGACAGAACGCAUUUUGUCGAUAAGAGGAAUGUGGUCGAACUGAAUGGAUUGCAAGAGCACACGGAGGAGGUCAUCUACGACCACAUGACCACAUUUGGCAACGUUAGCUUCGUACUGAAAACUACUACCGUGACGUACGUAGUAUUCGAAGAGCCCUCAGCAGUCGAGUCCAGUUGCCGGUGUGACUAUCUGGACAAGUAUCCCGUGACGAUCCGGUCGGUACUGGACGGUUCCACCGGUGCAUCCAUCGAGACCUGUAUCUUGGAGCAGAUCGAUCAGAACAGUAGUCUACUGGUGGACGAAGAGGAAGGCCAAAUCAACAAUUUCAUGCAACUUUUGGACAUGGAGAACUUGGACGAUUAUUUGGAAGCGGACGAGAAAGAUAAGAGCACCAACUCGGACAAACCGCUUCUAGAGGUUGGGAACGAGGAGAUCAUCGUGACCGAAGAGGAAAUCGUCCCAGAUGGCGAGGCAGGUGCUGACGUGGCCGCGAUCGAAGAACAAGCACUGCAGUCGCAGGGUAAAGCAACGCCCGGCACGGUUCUGGUAGAUCAUCGGACCAAGAGUAUAUUACAGCUCAGCUGUAAUUUGCUACGCUUGGUUGAUUUGCCUCAGUUGAGGGUAGCUGUGCGAAAGGUCUCCAAGCGCGAACAUGUUCCUAGGAAGAGUGGCCCGAAGAAGCCGAGCAGCAGCGACGCGACAGUUAAGGAAAAGAAGAAAAAAGAGAAGAGCCCCGAACGGAAGCAAACUCUUUCUGAAUCAGAGAAAAAGGCUGGAGAUCCAGUAACUAGUAAAACAAAGAAAAAGGAGAAGAAAGACGAAGGGCGUGUCGAAGAGAAGAAAAAUGAGAACAGGGAUGAAGAACGUAGCGAAGAGAAGAAGGAUGAAGAACGUGGGCAAGAGAAGAAAAAGGAGAAGAGCCCCGAACGAAAGAAAACUCUUUCUGAAAUAGAGAAAAAGGCGGGAGAUCCAGUAACUAGUAAAACAAAGAAAAAGGAGAAGGACAAAGGUCAUGAAGAAAUGAAGAAAAAAGAGAAGAAGGAUAAAGAACGUGGCGAAGAGAAGAGAAAAGAAGACAAACCGCACAUAAAAGAUGAAGUUUUUACCAGUGGUGAUAUCGAAAUGAAACAAGAAAAACCUGUGGAAAAGUCCACAAAAAAGAAACAUGAAAAAGUAGUUGUUCCAGCUACCGGUGUAGGAAGCAAAAACAAAGUCGUAAGCAUGCCAGCGGCAGUCAGUGAAGAACAAGAAAUUGCACGAGAAAAACUCAAGAAGGAAACUGAAAGCAACGUCAAGCAUCAGAAGCAAAGGAAGGAAGUUAAGGUGAAUGAAGAAACUGGACCAACUAAAUCUGAAACAACACAAGAUGCCAGUGAAGUGAAGCGCCCUGUGAAAAAUGAAGCCAGUGUACAUCAGCAGUUCGGGAAAAAAGCUUUCGUGCAAUUAACUAAGUUAUCUCCGGAACAAAUUGAAAGUUUGUCCACGAUUCGGAGGGAAAGUGUUACUAGUCAAAUCAAAGCUGAGGAUGCUCCAGGAAAGAAACAAGUGAAAUCAGAGGAUGUUGUACCCGGCAAAAAGCGGAAACCUGGCCCUGACAAAGCGGCUAUGAAAAGGCAUUUGGACUCGAUGAAGGUUGAGGCAACUGAAGUGACCACGAAGAAGCCCAUAAAACGUGUGUUAUCUGAUAGUGAAGAUGAAUCAUCAUCGAAACCAUCAGAUCCGAACUGUAAUACACCAAAAGCGUCGCAUAAAACGGCUGGACCCGGCUCAUCGCAAAAGAAGAAGAAACCGAAACUUGAGAAAUCAGUCGAAAAGGAAUCAAGUGUAGCGUUGGAUACUGAACAGACGCAACAGGAAGAGUCGAGUACAAAAGAUGAGAAACAGUCUGAAGUAGCUAAUGAACAACUUGUCGACGUAUCGACAGCUUCUUCCGAAGUGUUUGGCAAGAUUAGCGAAUCAGUUCCUGACAUAGCGAAUACGGUUGAAAUAUGCCAAGUGGAGUCCGCAGCCGAUAUCGAGUCGGAAGAUGAACAGCCCUUGGUAAUUGAUGAACCAGAAGAGGAAGUUAUCGAAAUACAGUCCAUGGAACAGAAGAAACCGGACCGGAUAGUUGUCGCCCUAGAUGCAAAGAGCGCCGGACUUUUGAAAGGAAAGACGCAUGAUGAAAAUCUUCUGUUUCUCGACGUUUUACCUAAGCUUCUGGUGAAACUGAAACGAAUUACUUCUACAGAACACAUCGUAUCCAGGCCCAAGGAUCAUGCAACCAAAUCCAGCGAUCACCACGUGAAACCACCCGCUCCGAAAAAGGUAUCUUUCGACGCUUCUUCUGUUAAGAAAAAGGAAGAAAAAUCUGAUAAGCCACGCAAAACUAAUCUGGAUAGAAUCGACAGCAAGUUCCUGCCGGCUAAUUCGAAGCUUAAAUCAAAGGUCAAAUCCAAAACCGACAUAAAUCACAAGAAGCAUCUCCCGGUUCCAGACUUGCCGAUCGAACUCAAAACUCAUCUGAACACGAGCUUCAAAAUCCCCAAGAAGAAUUCCAGCGUAACAUCGAUCGAUCGUAACGCGAGCGAAUUGAACUGCCUGCACAAGGAAGCAAACGAUCCGGAUAUUCAAAGGAAACGGUUUCAGAAAGAACGCAAACCUCGUGACAACACUACCAAAAAUCGCGACUGGAAACAGAAACGAUCCGAAACAUCCGGACCCCCCAAGGAACGCGAACCAUCUCCUGAUUACUUCGAUCCAGCACUGGACGAUCACUCUCCAUCACCCCAGCGUAUUCCGCCAACACCACCACAAGCCGAUCCACCAACUUCGGCCAGUGGUCCACCAAAACCAACCCCUCGGAACGAAAAUUGGAAGUUUGAACCACCAAACCGUGGAGCCAACAAACCUACGUUCCAAGAAAUUUGGAACAUCCCCAAGGAGAAACCGGAGGUUUGGGCGCAGCCGCCUUGGCAGGCCAAUAAUGCUCCGUCGAAUACGAUCGGUUCAGGAGACACUUGGGAUGCUGAACCAGCGCAGAGACCUCUCCGAGAACAGAAUCUAAAUAGCAGACAAAACGUGCCACCCGAUAGUAGAGACAACUGGUCACCAGGUGGUCCAAAGGCUCGUGGCCCACAUCAAAGAAAUACAAUCGACGCCGGAGAAUCAUGGUCUCCUGGUGGUGCCGCCCAGCGGAAACCGCAACAAACGAUUGAUCAUGGCGAAUCUUGGUCCCCCGGUCGUUCCAAAUCUAACCCGAGACAAGAGAUGCCUCGUAGAAGAAGUAUAUCACCUCGGCAAGUCCAGCUGAGCAACACCAUUUCUACUGGCGAUAUGUGGGAUGACGCAGGACCAGGUCCUGCUUCUCGUAGCCAAGAUCGUGCUCGGAAUCCCUUGUUGAGUGAUGAAACAUGGGAUGACGAUCAAGAACCGACAGGGUUAGCAGCAUAUCCUAUUGAUCGUCGUAGUCCAUCGAUUGAUGAACCUUCUUUCAAUAGGGCAUCUCCCGAGCGACGCAGACAGAAUCAGGUUGCCGAUCGACAGCGAUCUCUCGAUCGCCGAAGACGCAGUGCGGAUCGAUCACCCAUCAGACCUGAUCGAAGGAAUUUCCGGCGAAGUCGAAGCCGCGAUCGGUCUCCGAUUCACCGACAAAGAAGUCGGUCACCUGCUCUCCAAGGACGACGAUCAUUGGAUAGAUGGAAUCCAGGUGUGAACCGAUCACCUGAUCGCAGAAACCUUGCCCGAGAUCGGUCACCAUAUGUCGAUAUGCGGCAGCGGGGUCGUAGCAGAUCUCCACCGAUCCAUCGACGAGGUUCACCCUUCCGAGGAUCUCCUAGUCGUGUACCGUCUAGAUCACGUAGAAGUUGUUCACCGCCCCGUCCAGAUCUUUCACUUGGCGCAUCAGAUAUGUGGGACGCAGAUAGACCAUUACAGCGGAUGCAACGGUUGUCGCCUCGACAAGAUACUCCGAGAAAUACAUUGCUAUCCGGAGACAACUGGGAUGAUGACGUUCCGCUGAGGGACAGAGAGCGUCAACCACGUGAUCAAAGGUUUCCCUUGGAGCGGAUAUCACCCGAUUUCGAGGGAAGUCGCAGUCGAGAACGCGAUCGCGAACGUGAUCGUUCGCUUUCUGGACGAAGGGAUACUAGUUUCGAUAGACCGUUAAUGUUCGAGAGAAGCGACAACAGAUGGAGUCGUGAUCGGUCACCUGAUCGCAGGAAGCGAAGCCGGUCACGAUCGCCCGAAAGGUGGCCCAUGGAGCGCCCAUCUGUUCGGCGAAGACGCAGUUUCGGCGAACACAGUCCAAGCUACCAAAACACCUUGGAUUAUUGGAAGGCUGUGGAAGACGAGGAAAUGGGAAACAUUUCGCCAGAACGGCACGAAUCUCCUGAACGCUGGUCGCCUCGUGAUAUUCUUGAGCCUGGGGAUAGGUCAUGGUCACCUCCACCUCCGCGGGUGGAAAAGGCUCACAAGAGUCGAAUCGAUUCCGAGGAAAUAUGGGCAAAUGAGCCGAAACCUAAAUAUAGCCGAGAGGUUAGUGGUUCGUAUAGUCCGUCAAGUGCUUUGGAUGCCAUAAGCUCCGAAGAUGAAGACGAUUUUGGUAAUACCAAGCGUGGUAAGAAGCAGCCCUUUGACACGAUCCCACUCAAGCUGCUCUCACGUACCCAGUCUCCUCCGAUCAGGCUGGGCGACCUUUCUGUUGCAGCAGUCUCGACGCUGGAUCGUGAUCGUGACGCUUCACGUGAUUCCUUUGAUUCUAUUCCAUCAUACAAAGAUCUCGACUCUACGACGCUCGGAAGUAUGGAUAACAAGGAAUCUUCGUCCAAAGCAAGCUCAAAAGCAGAUAUUGUACCUGAGAAUCUCUUGCCCCAGCCCCAUGUUGCACCGGAUGAGAAAAAAACGGUGUUGGAUAAUUUGAAGCAGCGAGCGGAGAGAUUGAAGAAACUCGAGGAGAUGAAGCAAGCCAGGCAAAAGCUUCUAGCGCAAAUCAAACAGAAAAGUGUGGCAAAUGUCCUACCCAGUGCAGAACCGGAACCGAAACCGAGCGAAGCUCCUGAGUCAGUAAAACCCGUUGACCAGGGCCUCGAGGAUGAAACGAAAGAAUCGAAAUCAGAGCCAUUGGUAGUCAGUCAGACAGCUGUAUCUCCAAGAGCCCUACUUGCUACUGUCAACGCUCUGCUUAGCAGUGUCGACAAGUCGCUCAUUAAACCUUCUGUCCCUGAACCGGGUUCGCUACCCAUUCCUCUGUCACAGAUAGUUCCGGUGCCAGUACCAGUGUGUCCGGUACCACUUCCGGUUUGCCCACCAUUACCCCCUAUUGCUGCUCCUCCGAUACCGCCACUUCCAGCGGACGCCCCUCCACCACCACCUCCUGACAAUCCUCCACCGCCACCCACUGAACCCAUUGCAAAGUCCGCUAUACCGUUCCCUGCAAAUGCCUGGGUUCCAUCGCCCUUCGCUCCCAUGCUUCCCGUAGAUGUGAGUCAACCACCUCCCCCAUUGGUUAACCCCCUGUUGCAACCGAUGGAACCUCAGCGACAAUUGGAAGACGACCAGCCCUCUCAUGACUUCCCGAACUUCCACCGGGAAACAAGGACUAGCGAUUCACCACUGCAUCCUUCAGGCUUCUUGGGUAGAUUCCAAGGCCCUGAGCUGAACAGACGACCAAAUUUGCCUGUAGCACCCAACCUGCCGAGUCUAGUCCCUCCGGAAGAAAACAUGUUCAUCCGGAAAGGAAUCCAUGAUUUCAAUGAACGACCCUUUCAACAUGGUGCUAAUCGUAAUAUGCGUCCCGAACCCAAUAGAGGUCAAAAUUUUAAUGAUCAUCCCGGGAGAAAUCAAUCCAACAUUGCUCCUCCUGAAGAAAAUAGAUUCGGGCGGGGAGGCGACCAAGACUUCAACCCCAACAGGCGCCCAAAUUUCAAUGCCCAGCAAGGAAAUAACCAAUUCAACGCCUUUCCUCCGGAAGACAAUGAAAUGGUCCAGAGACACAACUUCAACGGAAAUAAUUUCCCACAAGGUGGCAAUCGCGAUCCACGACAACAGGGUCGACCAAAUUUCCAGCAACAACAACGUUUCGGAGGAAAUCAGCAAUUCGAUCAGAAUCAGCAACAACGUGAUCCACGCCAAAGCCAUGCCGGAAAUAUUUACGGUGGAGGUCGCGGUAGGGGCGGUAGAUUCAAUCGCAAUCAAGGCAAUAACUUCAACAACAACCAGGGCAACAGGUUUAACAACUUCAAUAAUAACAACCCGGGUAACAAUUUCAUCAACCAAGGCAACAGAUUCAACAACAAUCGAAGAAACAAUUUCAACGACAAUUUCGGUGGCAAUCCGGGCAAUUUCGACAACUGCGAUUCUGGCAAUGACUUUGAAGACAAUUCGGGCAACAAUUUCAACAACAAUUCGGACAACAACUUCAACAACAAUUUCAAUGAUAAUUCGGAUUGCAACUUCAAUGACAAUUCGGACAACAACUUCGACAGCAAUUUCAACGACGAUUCGGCUGACAAUAGUUUCAACAACAACCCCGGCAACAACUUCAACAACAACAGCGGAAAUCGCUUCAACAACAACAACAAUCAGCAGCAAAGGUUCAAUUUUCAACAGCGCAACCAGCGGUUCAACAACAACAAUCGCUUCAAUAAUCAGCAACAACAGCAACAGCCACGUUUCAUGCAACAAAUGAUGAUGCAGCAGCAACAGAUGUUUGACGAAGGCUGCUUCGAUAUGAAUGAAAUGGAUGGUGGCGACAAUGGCGGCGGCGGAGAUGAGAACUGGGAUGAUAUGGAAUAAGGCGUGUACAUUAUCGAUGCAAUGAUUUCGGUAUGCCGAUAACAUGCAUCUUUAAAUUAGGAUUGUUUCAAUAAAAAGGAAUGUAGUCUACAAAAAACCGAAAAGCUAAGUUAUUUCGCUUUAAGAUCAACAAUAUUGUAGAAUUUCAACACAAUGUGGAUAGAUUGUUCUAUCUUGUAUUUAAUAUAAAUGGAAUAAAAAAAUGAAUGUGUACAGAUUUA